CCCCAAAGGCUGCCCCUCAUUAGCAUGAACGGGGGUGGAGAAUUGAGGGAGGAAAGCAAAGGCUGAAAGCUCAGCUUUAGAGGCUGCCAAAGUGGUCUUCACAAUGCCAUCAGAGAGAGCUUUCUGGCUUCUCUGUCUGCUCAUUGGAUCAUCCUCAGAAACCCCAGUGACAGAGAGAAAAGAUUCGCUCUCAUACCCAAUUGAGAAGACCUGGGGUCAGGGCACCCUGGGAGCCCGCGCUCCUGGGUCGUGGAGGGACAAGUGGAGAAAGGCCAGCCUCCGGCCUCGGAUGGAGAACAGCACAGGCGCUCGCAAGGCAGCCCUGGAACUGGGAAGCCCGUGGCCACCUCGUGGAGCCGCCGUGCCACUGGACAAUAGCGUGAACAAACGGCGCCCGUCCGGGCGGGUGACUUGGCCCAUGCUCUCGUACCCGCUGGCUCAGGGGCCUGCUCUCUCUGGCCCUGGGCCCAAGUGGGUGGAGGACCAGUGUCCGCCCCUUGAAGAGAACCUCAACUCUCCGGGACGUCCCAGGCCAGACCAGGAGGGAGCGCCCCUGAGCAACCGCUCCAAGGCUUCCUGGCUCAGCCAUCAGCAGCAGUCCCGCCUCCGCCCACCCCACGGAGAUACCAGCCACAUGGAGAAGACCUGUGAGACUGGGUGCAAAUGGGAUAUGGAUGAAAAGGAAUUCUAUUGCAUGAGUGAAUUUGCAGUGAAUGGAAUCGUCCAUGAUGUAGAAGUGCUUGGAGAAGGCAUCCGGCUAGUCACUCUGCUGGUCAACAGUCAUGGGCUGUACAAGACAAACCGCCUCUAUAUCACCCCAGAUGGCUUCUUCUUCCAAGUUCAUGUGCUGGUAUUGGAUUCCUCCAGCUGCAAUAAGGCAUAUGCAGAUUUUAAAUUUGGCAGCAGGUAUAUAGUAAUGGGUCACAUCUACCACAAGAGAAGGCAGCUCUCCACAGCUCUGCUGCAGGUGUUACAAGGACGUCUAAGGCCUGGAGAUGGAUUGCUCAGGAGCAGCAGCAGUUAUGUGAAAAGAUUUAACCGCAAAAGAGAUGAGAAAAUCCAAAGGGCAGCUCAUACCAAGUGCAUCUGAAUCCCCUUCCAGAGCUUUUUGGAGACCUUGGCUCUGCUGGGAUUCAGUGACUUGAAGAACAUCUGCCUUCAUUCAGCCUAGCCUUUCACUAGACUGGGCCCCCAGUGCUUCCUUGGGAACCCUUUGAGCUCAGCCUUCAUAAGCCAAUCAAGGGUUCCUUCCAGCCCUGCUAAUGCUAAGGAUGUUGUUGUUUCUGAAUAUAAUAAAUGCCUCUAGAUUUUUUUUAAAGUUCAAUUGCAGAUAUUCAAAUAUAGUACAAGGCUGUGAUUCACAAAUCUGUGAUAAUUGGCCUAUUUGGUUCGUGGGUUACUGCUUCAUACUCACUUCAUUUUUUAGGGUUAAUUAUUUUUUAGUCUGUGUUCUGCUGCUUUAAAUUAAGUAUCAUUAUUGUCUAGGAAAGAUAAUUCAAAGAAAAUAUUUUCUUUUUAUUGAACUCUAUAAGUUUAACUAUUUCUUGGUGUAAUUUAUCUAAAUCACUUAAGCUUAUCAAGUUUUCUAUCUCAAACAACACUUAAAAAUACACUUUUUGGACAGUGGGAUCUCCCCUAUGUUUUCAUCGGUAUGGGAAGCUCCCAGCAUGGAGAGUCUCAAUUGAUGGGCAGUUCUAUAGUCAUCAAGAGUUUUCUGGGGCAUUGAGAGGUUAAAUUACUUACUCCUAGUUACAAAGACUGCAUUUCAAAAGCAGGACCAGAUCCCGGUUAUUCCUGACUUCAAGGCUGAUCCUCUAAUCACUCUGCCAUCCUGCUUCUCUAGUAAUAAAUAUACUCACUUGAAGAAAUAUAAAUAUGAAACUUUUUUUGAGAUUUAAUACAUCCCAAAAUCAAGCAAUCAAGUAUUUCUUAAUGGCCUGCCAUGAGGCAGGAACUGUCCUAGGUUCUGGGGAUAGAAAUACAAAGAAAUCAGUGCUCCAGGAUAAGAAUUUAAACUUCACCUUUGUUAUUGUUGUUGAGAUUACUGAAGGAUUUACAUAAAACAAAAUUUUAUCCACCUGAGCAUUUCUGAUAAGACAAAUAGGUCAGGUUUAUUUUCAUACUUGUCUGCUUUUGAUAAUUAACAUCUGUGCCAAACUGGCUUUCCAAAAGUAGUAAAAUUAAUUCUUUGUGUAUUUGAUAUAAUUUAAAAAUUUUUUUAAAUAAAGACUU